AUGAAGGCCGCUCUUACCACUCUCCUCCUCUGCGUUGGUGCAGUCAGCGCCAUCGCUGUUGCCGAGCCAGUUGCCAAUGCCGACCCAAAGAAGAAGAAGAAGGCUCAGUCCGGCCGCAAGGCUUACCAGGGCCGAUUCGGCUUCUGCGGUGUUGCUGGCUCCAACUGCGCCCGCAUGAAGCGUUCCGCUGAGGCCAUCGCCGAUGCUUUCGCCGAGGCUGACCCAGAUGCACGUUACCAGGGACGCUUCGGCUUCUGUGGUGUUGCCGGCUCCAACUGCCACAAGGCCCGCCGUGCCAUUGAGCACAUUGGUGAGCUCGCCGAGCGCAGCUACAGCGAGAUUGAGACCCGCUCUGGCCGCAAGGCUUACCAGGGCCGAUUCGGAUUCUGCGGUGUUGCAGGCUCUAACUGCAAGCGUGAUGCCGAGGCUGAGGCUGACCCAAAGAAGAAGAAGAAGGCUCAGUCUGGCCGCACGGCUUACCAGGGUCGCUUCGGCUUCUGUGGUGUUGCUGGCUCCAACUGCGCCAUGGUCAAGCGUGAUGCUCGUUACCAGGGACGUUUCGGAUUCUGCGGUGUUGCAGGCUCCAACUGCAAGCGUGAUGCCGAUGUUGAGGCUGUUGCCAACAUUGCCCGCGCCAUUGAGGAGUGGGACCCAACCUACCUCGCUGAGGUCUGCCACUCUGAGGGUGGUGAGUGCUCUGCUCUCGUCAAGGCACACCGUGCAUUCAAGCAGAUCAAGCGUGACACCGAA